GUCAGUUUGUGUGAAAAAAAAAAUCAUCAAUGGAGGCCAAGCUACUUCAAAAACCAUUUUCUUUCGUUCUGAACCAAAAUGCUUUGAAAUCUUCAAGACCCACAUCACGUUUCACACACAAAACAACUUUCAAAGUUAUUGGAUCGACUUUGGGUGCAAAUGUGUAUCGUUCUCUUGGAGUUUCCUCUUCUUCAUCAAACAUAAGGUUUUCAAAGAAUCAAAGGGUGGAUGAGAGUGAGAACCUGACCCUCAACAGUAUAAGACACUCCUUAAUUCGACAAGAAGAUAGCAUAAUAUUUAGCCUUUUGGAGAGAGCUCAGCAUUGUUACAAUCCAGCCACAUAUAACGAAGAUGCAUUCGCCAUGGAUGGAUUUCAUGGGUCUUUGGUUGAGUUCAUGGUCAUGGAAAACGAAAGGCUGCAUGCUCAGUUGGGCAGAUACAAAAGUCCAGAUGAGCAUCCCUUCUUCCCAGCGUAUCUACCUGAACCAAUGCUUCCACCUUUGCAAUACCCGAAGGUUUUGCAUCACUGUGCUGGUUCCAUUAAUAUAAACAAUAAGGUUUGGAAUGUGUAUUUUGGAGAGCUUCUACCAAGAUUGGUGGAAGCUGGGGAUGAUGGUAAUUGUGGGUCUACUGCUGUUUGUGAUACAAUUUGCUUACAGGCACUUUCAAAAAGAAUUCACUAUGGUAAGUUUGUAGCAGAAGCAAAAUUUCGAGAAUCCCCUCAAGCGUAUGAGGAUGCCAUCAGAGCAAAAGAUAGGUCUCGACUGAUGGAGUUACUGACAUAUGAAACAGUGGAAGCAGCAGUGAAAAAGAGAGUGAAUAUGAAAACGAAAACAUACGGUCAAGAGGUAGAGAUUGACGGGGCUGGUGUUGCAGCAGAUCCUGAUCCUGUAUACAAAAUCAAGCCAAGUUUAGUUGCCGAUCUCUAUGGCCAUUGGAUCAUGCCCUUAACAAAGGAAGUUCAGGUUGAAUACUUGUUGCGAAGGUUGGACUGAAGUGAAGAGAACCGUUUACUUUCAGCUUCCCUCACCACAGACCAAGAGAAAGAAACCACAACAUUUAUGAAUAACAGUAUCUUUUUCAGGUUAAUUACAGAGUCUUAGUUUUUAUUAUUUAUAGCACAGCUUUCCCAGAAAAUAUCCUGCAGU